AUGGCUGCUGCACCCCCUACUCCCUUGGCAACCGCUACUACCGCUACUCCUGGCGUUACCGUCAAAACUGAAAAACCUCUUCCCUUCUUAUUUCACUUUGCCGCUGGAGGUAUAGCGGGAACAAGUGAAAUUCUUGUUAUGUAUCCGCUCGAUGUCGUAAAGACGAGGUUUCAAUUACAAGUUGGAUCGGGCGCAGGAGAAGAAGUUUAUACUUCAGUCUUGGAUUGUUUCAAGAAAAUCAUUAAAAAUGAAGGAUUUAGUCGACUUUAUAGAGGAAUACUUCCUCCAAUUCUUGUUGAAGCACCGAAAAGAGCGAUAAAGUUUUCUGCUAAUGAACAAUAUUCUAGGAUACUCAAAUUAAUUAAUGGUAAAGAUAAAAUGGAUCAGUCAUUAUCUAUUCAAGCGGGUAUUGCUGCCGGGUGUACCGAAGCUGUUGUAAUUGUACCUUUUGAACUUGUUAAGAUUCGUCUUCAGGAUAAAGGAAAUGCAGGAAAAUACAAUGGUACUUUUGAUGCAAUAACAAAGAUUGUUAGACAUGAAGGACCUCUUGCUUUAUUCAACGGAUUAGAGGCUACAGUAUGGCGUCAUGCCACGUGGAACGGUGGAUAUUUCGGCAGCAUCUUCAGUAUUAGAAAAGCAUUACCAAAAGCAGAUAAUAAACAACAACAAUUAAGAAAUAAUUUUAUCGCAGGAGCAAUUGGUGGUACAAUUGGUACAAUGUUAAAUACACCAUUUGAUGUAGUUAAAACUAGAAUUCAAAAUGAUUCUGGUACUGUUAAAAAAUAUAAUUGGACGAUACCUGCUAUCAAAACUGUUGCGCAAGAGGAAGGGUAA